UAAAGUUUUGAAAAAACCCAACAUUUCCCAGAAAAACAAUUCACAUAAACUCCAUACUCCAUAGUCCAUAUAAAUAUGAAAAAGUAAUAAGAAAAAAAAAUAAAAGAAAUAAUGGUGGUUUCACCUGCAUGGCUUCGGUCCAUUGGAACCGUAUAAAGCUUACACGAGGAUCCCAUUUGAUAUGCUUUCAUCUUUUUUACUUUCUCUCUCCUACUCUCUCUGCCACCCAGAAUCUCUCUCUUUUUUUUUUUUUUGCAACACCGCACUAACUAUAUUCGCUUCUUAACUUGCUCCUUUCACCAAUUCUUGAAUGUUUAUAAGAUUUUUUGGGGUCUGAAAAUUUCAAAAUUUAUUGGGUUGAUCAAACUUCUCAACCAUUUUCUGACGGUUUGACUAACUGGAUUGAGCAUAUGCCUGGAAACAAGUAUAGCGGUAAUUCUAACAUCCCGACGAGUAGAACAUCGAGACUCCUUGAAGUAAGGCAGCUAAAAAGAACAAGCAGGGCAUCAAUUAGCAACGAAAUUUCGGAUAAUAACAAGAGCACGGAGCUUGGUGGACAUGAUUUUUCUCGAGUAGAAAGAUACUUAGAAGAUGCUGUGGCUGGGAGUCCUUAUGAGGUUCCUGAACAAUUGCCUACCCAGAGACUAUUAGUGGUUGCUAACCGGUUACCAGUAUCUGCUGUUAGGAGAGGUGAAGAUUCAUGGUCACUGGAAAUUAGUGCUGGUGGGCUGGUUAGUGCUCUUUUAGGUGUGAAGGAAUUUGAGGCAAGGUGGAUUGGUUGGGCCGGUGUUAAUGUUCCAGAUGAAGUUGGACAAAAAGCUCUCACAAAGGCUCUUGCAGAGAAGAGGUGCAUACCUGUUUUUCUGGAUGAAGAGAUAGUGCAUCAGUAUUAUAAUGGAUACUGCAACAACAUAUUGUGGCCUCUUUUCCAUUAUCUUGGUCUUCCUCAAGAGGAUAGACUUGCUACCACAAGAAGUUUUCAGUCUCAGUUUGCUGCUUACAAGAAGGCAAAUCAGAUGUUUGCUGAUGUGGUAAAUAAGCAUUAUGAAGAAGGUGAUGUCGUUUGGUGUCAUGAUUAUCAUCUCAUGUUCCUCCCAGAGUGCCUUAAAAGGCAUAACAGUAAGAUGAAAGUUGGGUGGUUUCUUCAUACCCCCUUCCCUUCCUCUGAAAUCCACAGGACCUUGCCAUCACGUUCUGAACUGCUCCGUGCAGUUCUUGCUGCUGAUUUGGUUGGUUUUCAUACCUAUGAUUAUGCAAGGCAUUUUGUUAGUGCUUGCACUCGAAUUCUUGGGCUUGAAGGCACACCCGAAGGUGUAGAGGAUGAACAAGGAAGAUUGACACGUGUGGCUGCUUUUCCCAUAGGAAUUGAUUCAGACCGUUUUAUUCGAGCACUUGAAGUUCCUCAAGUUCAAGAGCAUAUCAGAGAAUUGACAGAAAGAUUUGCUGGGAGGAAGGUAAUGCUAGGUGUUGACCGGCUGGAUAUGAUAAAAGGAAUUCCACAGAAGAUACUCGCCUUUGAAAAAUUUCUGGAGGAAAAUGCUUACUGGCGGGAUAGAGUCGUCCUGCUUCAGAUUGCUGUUCCAACAAGAACAGAUGUUCCAGAAUAUCAAAAACUUACGAGUCAAGUUCAUGAAAUAGUUGGACGCAUUAAUGGGAGAUUUGGAACUUUAACCCGUGUUCCUAUACAUCAUCUGGACCGUUCUCUGGACUUCCACGCCUUAUGUGCUCUGUAUGCAGUGACUGAUGUAGCACUGGUCACUUCAUUGAGAGAUGGCAUGAAUCUGGUCAGCUAUGAGUUUGUGGCUUGCCAAGAUGUAAAGAAGGGUGUACUCAUUCUUAGUGAGUUUGCUGGAGCAGCACAAUCUCUAGGCGCUGGAGCUCUGUUGGUGAACCCCUGGAAUAUCACAGAGGUAGCUGCUGCAAUUGGUAAAGCCUUAAAUAUGUCAGAUGAAGAGAGAGAGAAAAGGCAUCAACUUAACUUCAAUCACGUUACAGAGCACACUGCUCAGGAGUGGGCAGAAUUUUUUGUAAGUGAGCUGAACGACACAGUUGUAGAGGCUCAGUUGAGGAUAACACAAAUCCGCCCUGUACUUCCUAUUGAAUAUGCUGUUAACAAUUUCCUGAAAUGUAGUAAUCGGCUACUCAUACUGGGUUUUAAUUCUGCAUUAACUGAAGCUGUUGAUACUCCUGGUAGACGAGGUGGAGAUCAAGUGAAGGACAUGAACUUUAAGCUGCGUCCUGAACUGAAAGGGCCCCUAAGUGUGCUUUGCAAAGAUUCAAAAUCUACGAUUGUUAUUCUCAGUGGAAGUCGCAGGAUGGAUUUAGAUAAUAACUUUGGGGAGUAUGACAUGUGGUUGGCAGCAGAGCAUGGAAUGUUUUUACGGCAUACAAGAAGAGGAGAUUGGAUGACGACAAUGCCUGAGCAUUUGAAUCUGGAUUGGGUUCCCAGUGUAUAUCAUGUAUUUGAGUAUUUCAAGGAAAGAACUCCUCGCUCGACUAUUGAUCCUCGUGAUAUUUCCCUUGUAUGGAAUUAUAAAUAUGCUGAUUUCGAGUUUGGAAGAUUACAAGCAAGAGACAUGUUACAGCAUCUUUGGACGGGCCCUAUUUCAAAUGCUUCCGUCGAAGUUGUGCAAGGUAGUAGGUCUGUUGAGGUUCGACCAGUAGGUGUCACAAAGGGCUCUGCUAUUGAUCGUAUAUUAGGGGAAAUAGUGCACAGCAAACCAUUGAAAUCACCAAUUGAUUAUGUUUUGUGUAUUGGCCAUUUUCUGGAAAAGGAUGAAGAUGUGUACACCUUUUUCGAGCCAGAGCUUCCCUCUGACAAUGCAAGCCACGCAAGAUCCAAAUCAUUUGAUGCUGCUUUGAAAUUUCCUGAAAGGUCGUCACCUAAACCUCCAGCCAGUAGAAGUGGAUCAAAAGCAUCACAUGGGAAGAGCCAUCGUUCAAACCAAAACUCAGAGAAGAUGACAAAUCAUAGUAACGGUGGGGGAGUCUCACGGAAGCAGCCAUCAGAGAAGACCUCCUGGAACGUGCUCGACCUCAAGAAAGAGAAUUACUUUUCCUGUGCUGUUGGGAGAACUCGAACCAGUGCUCGUUACACUAUCGGGUCAUCUGAUGAUGUUGUUUCGUUUUUAACAAGAUUGGCUGAAGCAUCUUUGUCCGUCUCAUCAACUUCAGCACCUCUACCAGGAUGAGUUUGGAAUAAUCUUGAUCUAUACUCUGAUCUUAAUUCUUUAAGCAUUGUGGAUGCUUGUUCCCUAUAGGCAUUAAAAAUAAUCAGAAUGAUUGGAGAGCAGUUGUACAAGGCAUGUCUUGACUGUUCAAACUGUGUUAACUGAUAUAGUUAGUCAUAAUUUUAUAUUAACCUCACAAAUUUAGUUGUCA